AUUAUGAACAAAAAAUAAUUGAGUUGGAACAUCAAAAUGAAAAUUUAAUUUCAGAAAAUAAAGAAUUGAAAGAAAAAUGGAAUAGAAGAUUUGAUGAUCAAGAAGUAAGAAUUGACAUUAUAAAAGAAGUUGCUAGUUAUGACGAAUGUUAG